AUGUUUGCAUUAAAUUUUGUUUUCUCUAUUAUUCAGUUGAUCUCAAUUAUCAAUCGGACGAAAUUAGAAAAUGUUUGUUUGGACAAUUUAGUUUUGACUUGCUAUUGUGAAGACGACACGUCAUUUGUUUCUUGCACUGGAAAAACUUCAAUAAAGGACAGUUUCGUAGAUUGGGCACCAUUCGUUUCGGCAAAUCAUCGUCAAAGUUCAUUCACAUUUUAUAAUUUGACCCGCUUAACGUAUUUAACUUUUACAAAUUUUUCAUCAACAUUUCAUUUGCAUGGCGAGUCGAUUGAUUUGACAUUUAUUAAUGGCAUGGACGAAAUAGAAGAGAACGCUUUUCAAUCACUCCAUGAAUAUUCCGAUUCAUCGAUCGAGAUAAAAUUUGUUUCACCACAAAAUUUCAAACUUGCUGAUUAUGCAUUUGGCCGAGGAGCAUACUAUGAAGUAGAUAUUGAUAGUAUACAGUACAGUCAUAUACACAAGCUUCCAUAUCAAUUGAAUUUGAAGUCGAUGGACGGUGCUCGAUUCUAUCAGAUGAACAUACGAAAUUGUGGAGAUAUGGAAUUUAUUUCUAAUGGAUCGUCUACAAUCGAACUCAUCGAUAUAGCAGUGAGCAAUUGUUCGUUGGCAAAUUCUAGUCUUCUUAUCGAAAGUAUUUUGACUGGUCUUGCUGGCUUGGAUCUAACAUCGAAUCACUUGAUUGCAUUGCCCUCGUUGAAAAAUUUUCAAAAUCUUCGUGCAAUUAAUUUGAAGAAUAAUGUUAUUGAAGAAAUUACAGUAAAUAUAUUCAACAAUAUGCCUAGUUUAGGGCGAUUGGACUUGUCUAAUAAUCGAAUAAGAAACAUCGAACCCGACUCAUUUGUUGGAUUGCGUUUGACUGAAUUAAAUUUGGAUAAUAAUCGUCUAACAUCACUUGAAACUUUAACAACUGACAAUCAAACAACAUCGUUUUUAUAUCAAUUAAAUGAAUCGCUGACUUUACUCGUUGUAUCAAAUAAUUUUCUUCAGGAUUUGAAUCCACUGAAACAUAUGACUAAUUUAGACCAAGUGAAAGUGUGCUACAAUCAAAUAAAGACAUUGGAUGGAAAUAUAUUUGAAAAAGCACAUAAACUUAAAUCAGUGGACUUCAGUUACAAUCAAAUCGAGCUUAUCGAUUCAAUGACAUUCAAUGGAACGAUCAUCGACAAUUUAAAUUUGGCUGGAAAUCGACUUUCAUCGCUUGAAACAAACGAAUCAUUGUCAUCCAACACAUCACUAUUCGAGAAGCAAACAAGUUCGUUUCUCUAUCCUAUCUCAUCAACAAUUUCAAGUCUAUCAUUUUCGAAUUGUACAAAUUUGAUCGAAAUCAAUUGGUUUAUCAUUAUAAAGCUCCAAGCAUUAUUUUAUUUGGACCUUUCUGAAGUCAAGAUGACUGAAAAAAGUUGGCUUUAUCGAAAAACGGAUGUUAAUAGUGAAGAUUCAUCUAUCAAUUGGCACUAUCCACCAGGACCUCGUAUCAUUCUAUACGGUAUCCGAUUAACUGACAAUGACUAUUGUUUAACCAAAUCAAUUGUUGAUAUUUUGAAUAAGACAAUUUUAAUUGUGGACAUUGAUCAUUCAUGUAACUGUUUUAUAUAUUCCUAUGACACAGAACAUCGCCCCAUUUGUCUAUACAAUCAAUCAGUCGUAGAUGAAUUAAGUAGGCAAUGUACAAGUAUAGAUCUAUUUUGCGAAUUAUUUUCAAAUAAUAGUACUGCUUUGACAUUCACCGAGUGGACAUCAUUGUCUUCUCUUAGCACCACAACGCAAACCACUAGCGUCGAGACAAUAAUGACGCUAACCUCUUCGAGUACUCUUGUAUCGACUGAACAAAGUAUUAUUACAAGCACUCAUGUUUCGUCGGAAAGGCCAAAUAAAAAUGGACAAAUGAAAAUAAUCUUGGCGACAGUUAUUCCUUCGAUAUUCGUUAUUGUUCUGUGCUUAGUCGGCACUUACCUUUAUAGAAGAAAAAAAUUCUACAGCUUAACUGAAGAUAUUGAAAUGCGUAACGAAAUUCUGCAGUUCACCGAUAAAGAGUGA